AUGCCGCCAAUUAUUGGAUUCAAUCCUAAUCGCCUUAAAGUUCAAUUAAAAUUAGCAAUUAAUAGAAUUAAACUCGCGCAACAAAAGAAAAAUGUUAGUAGUAAAUUACAACGUAAAGAAAUUGCAACGUUAUUAGAAAAUAAUAAAGUAGAAAGUGCCAGAAUAAGAGUAGAAGGAAUUAUUCAUGAUGAUUAUUAUGUCGAAGCAAUGGAAGUUCUUGAACUGUAUUGUGAACUUCUUAUAGCACGUUUUGGAUUAUUAGAACAAAUGAAAUUGGAUAUUAAAGAAUUACUUCCAAUCAGAGACCAAUUUAUUUCAAAAUUCGGCAAAGAAUUCGUGAAGAAUGCAGUUGAAAAUGUGAACGAUUGUGUGAAUGAAAGGAUUGUACAAAAAUUAAUUGUUGAUAAUCCGGAUUCAUUUCUUGUAGAACGAUAUCUUGAAGAAAUUGCUAAAAGUUUUAAUUUGGAUGAUUUAAGUAUUAAAUUAAAUAAUAAUAAUAGUAAAGAGAAGGAUGAAUAUACAGCAUUACCAGAUUUAAAUGAGGAAUUCGAUGAUUUAAUGAAAAGAUUUGAAGCUUUAAAAAGAAAAUGA